GUAGCAAUUUACUAGCAAGUUAUCAGAACGUGCAGUGAUAUUGGAUGUUAUCGUUGUAAUGAGUCAUCAUACGCUACGUUAUAUAAUACUCAUACAUACAACUCGUGGCACAUGCAUGAAUAUGAACGCCAUAACGGCAUGAAUGUUAGUUAUAUAAUAUCUCUCAUGGAUGCUACAUCUUGUCAAGUUCACUCUGAACUAAUCAAUAAAAUAAGCUUUUCUGUAUCUCUCUUUUGUACAUUACGUUGAGCACUGCUACAGAACUGGCAAAUUAAAAAUGUCGAAGGAGUGGUUUGUCGUUGGUAUAUCCGGAGCAACUUGUAGUGGAAAAAGUACGUUGGCUGAUAAGAUCUGUGACAAUUUUCCAACGUCUGUUAUGGUGCGUCAAGAUGAUUAUUUUUUGCCACUGGACGAUCCACGUCACAUUAAAAUACAGGAAUUAAACCACAUGAAUUGGGAAUUAAUAACGAGCCUAAAUAUGCAGAAAAUGUAUUCGGAUGUUGUAAAAACACUUCAAUCUCCCAGAAAAAAUGCAACGAAUUCGAAGAUGCUAUUGAUAUUGGAUGGUUUUUUGCUUUUUCAACAUAAGGCCAUUGCAAACCUAUGUGAUCGUAAAUACUUUUUAACGUUGACAAAAGAGCAAUGUUGGGAACGAAGAAAAAACCGUAUAUAUGAUCCGCCUGAUGUACCAGGAUAUUUUGAAAAGACAGUGUGGCCCGAAUUUAUUAAGUAUGAAAAUGAAGUUCUACGAAACAACCAAGUGCAUGAAAUUAUAACAUUUAUCGAUGGAUCCAAGGAUAUGGGAGAAAUUUAUGAAAUGGUUUCCAAGGAAAUCGAUCAAUUAUUAUCCUAAAAAAA